AUGGGCUUGGAGCUCCUGGGGAAUUAUGGAUCCGUUCUCGUGACCAUUGCCGUGCUACUGGCAGUGGAAGCAGCAAGCCGAAGUGGGAAUGUCCAGCUGUCCGCUGUGGCUGCCUCUCUUCCCACUGGAGUUCCGCUGGCGCUCUUCCUGGUGGCUUGCAAGCCUGAGACUUCACAGGCCACCCUGGCUGAGUUUUCCGAGUCUGUGGUCCGGGGCGCUGCAGGCACCCUGGCCUUCGCGGUGGCCAUGGUCCUGGUGGUUCGGGCUGGCUUCGGAAUGGUUGCUAUGUUAGUCUGUGGCUACGCCGCAUGGUUUGUCACCUGGUGCAGCCUCAGCUUCUUGAUGGCACCGCAUGCUGGCAAGGCCAGGCUGAGUGAGCUGGAAGCCACCUUCAAAACAUCCUGGCGCGCGGCCGAUGGUCUUUGUCAAAAGGAAGAAGAACACGUUCAAGCCGUAUGGCGAGUGGCGAGCGCACAGAUCGUUCACGCUGUCUGUGCAGAGAGAUCCAUCGAAGGUCUGCAGGACAGGUUGUACCUGAACGAGCGCAUUCUGGAGCUGAACACCAGCAACCGAGAGUUGACCUUCCAGGACCUCGAAGGACGAGAGCUUUGGAGACUUCCAGCAGAGGGCCAGGUGACGCUCGAUCCGGAGCUGCCCUUCAAAGCGAUGAUUCACCUCAGCCACUUGGACCACUAUCCUGGCGGGGUGGCCAACCCUCUGCCUGCUGCUGGGGGAGAUUUCCGCCUGGUCGUGGACGAGGGGCUUUUCAUCGACAGGCCAGAGAUCGUGGAGGGAAACCGUUCGGUCCUGAUCCCGGCGGCGGCAACUUGCGGUGACUACAACUUCAGCUGCGGAGAGGGGAGGCAGCUGAUCGACAAUGCGACCUGGUACAGGCCGAGCACGGGAGGGGCUGCAAAGACCAGCAGCUGGAAGAAUCUACGGGUUUGGAGCAGCUCCAACAAGCAUCCCACCCUCUGUGCCAUGUUUGGAGCUUCAGAAGCACGGGUGGCAAAACAUGCUGUCCAUACCCCAGAGGACGUAGGCUGUGCAGAACACUAA